AUGGAGGAACAUGAAGAUGUUCAAUAUUGUUUUCAAGACAGAAACUCUUCUUGCAGAAAGGCUUUGCUGUCGACAUCUAUCCACAUAACACUGUACAUCUUCUUCUCAGUGAUUUCAACAGUUACAGUAUUUUUGAACAUACUGGUGAUCAUCUCCAUCUCUCACUUCAAGCAGCUCCACACUCCAACCAACCUGCUCAUCCUCUCUCUGGCUGUGUCAGAUCUCCUGGUGGGACUGAUUGUGAUACCAGUAACGACUGUAGCAAUAACGGAAUCAUGCUGGAGUUUUGGGGAAUAUUUCUGUGUGUUUCAAUUCUACGUCUCUUGUUUGUGUACUUCUUUAUCUCUGGGCAAUUUGGUCUUGAUAUCUAUUGACCGCUAUGUUGCUGUGUGUGAUCCCUUAUCGUACCACUCUAAAAUAACAAUAGCAAGAAUGAUGUGUUGUAUAUCCAUUACCUGGUGUUGUUGUAUCAUGUACAAUGCUACUAUUAUAAAAAACUUUGUAAGUGUACAGGUUCUGGGUAGGUGUUUGAAAGAAUGUUUAAUUGUUGAAGGGUUAAAUUGGGUUACUAUAAUUGACCUUGUACUUAAAACGGUUGUCCCAUGCUCUAUUAUUAUAACACUUUAUAUGAAAAUCUUUGCGGUGGCCAGAUCACAGGCCAGAAAGGUAUUUUCAAAGGAGGCUGCCAGCGUGUCUGUUUGA